AUGCCAGUCUGGAUUCCCUACGAUGCCUGUGGGUUCUACAAUAUAGUUACACCGUCUUCGUACCCUCGAGCUCUACCCGCCAUCGUCGUGAACAAGACCUUUCAAAUACCCGUAGUGGAUGGGCCACUGCCAUCUUAUGGCAGGCCAUCGACCUCGACCUCUCCUGUGCAGAAUAAGCAGGAUGUACAGAAUCUGAAUGGGUAUGGGAUAACACCCUCUGUUCCGGCCUGCCAACCUUCGACCUCGACCUCAGCCCCUCAGAAGGACGACAGAAUACAGCGAGUUAAUGAGACUGGGAUGCUAUCUUCUACGCUUCUGGGAUGCAAACCUUCAACUUCGACCGUGUCCACGCCAAACGAGAUAUUGGACGACGCGGUCCAGAACGUGAAUACUUCUGGAGAGAAAGCGACUGGGAUUCAGAGUCCGGCUCGAAUGGCUACAUUGGGAUCUGGCUCGACUAGCCCUUCGAAAGUGAGGCCAAGGGAGUCCAGUGGCUCAGAGAGGUCACCAUCCAAGAAGAAGUCAAAGUUGUCGACAGCGAUGUCCUGUCGUUCUACCAACGUCGAAGGGAAGCGUAUUCUACGUGGUAUGUCUUCAUCGCACUCAUCAUCUUGCCCUUUCCCUGAAUUCGGUUUGACCCGGCCAGACUUUGCAAAGGAACAUCCAGACUUGAGUGCUUGUUCAGAUGCACAACUCAGAUGCGUCCUCAAGCGCGUUCAGGCAAGUGCCAGGCUUCAUUACCAGUUGUGUUACCAAGUAAUGACGCGACGGAUUGAUACACAGGAUGCAGGAAACGAAGGUUAUACUCGGAAGAGCUUGGAUGCGUGGAUUCAAACGAAGAUAAGGCUCAGCGCACACCAGGCUCCGUACCUGAAUGCUAUCCAUUCUAAAGGACCGUCGUCUACGGCUAAAGGUGCGAGGCGCAUCUGUUUUCGAAAUGGGACGCUGAUGGACCUGGUAUCCAAUUUAGCUCGCUUGAGCGAGUUUCAGAUCACUGAGCUGCGUUUAUGGCUGAAGGAUACACCCAACCCCACCGACGAAAUGAUUGAACUCUGGGCUCGCAUUCUUGGCGUUGAGAAUCGUCUUCUUCGGUCCUAUCUCCGGUCGUUAUCCCGACGCCCUCCAAACAGUGCGACGAUGCAGCUUGAACCUCUUGGACGUCCUGCACAGAUGAGGGUUAUCUCGAGGGCCCCUUAUGCGUUGUCUAGCUUGCAACAUGGCGUCCGUUUCUCACCUUGGACUUCUACCUCUCGGCUUGAAGGCAACGUUGGCGACGGCGCCCUGGCAUACCACACGACUUCCACCAACAGUUCGGAGACAAACCGAAGCAAUGUGAAUCCUGUAAACGAUGACAUUGACGACGCUAGGGAAGCAACUGAUGGCCCAUAUCUUGCUCCCGACGAGUUUCUUCCACCUUCCGGUCUGCAGUCUGUGCAGCAACCAGAGAGCAGUACCAGUCGACUACGGGCCGUAUUCCGACCGGAUUUUGGGGCCACUCGUAAACGAGCCUGUGCUCGGGGAUGA